AUGAAGCGCAUCUUUCAAUACCAUCCACCAACGAUUUGCUACGACAAACCAACCGCCGCUACUGUAUCGAAAGAUGACUACGACAACCGAAGACAACGGGCACUGGCCGGUACACAAGUGCAGGAGCUGAUUGUACCGAAAAAAUCGGCCCGCACGUGGACGAUGCGUGCCGGUGAUUUAUGUCGCGUCUCACUACCGGAAGGUUCGCAGGUCGGUGAUCUUAAUCUGUGGAACCUGGAAAACCCACGGAAGGAACGGUUCUAUUCGGGCAAAACGAGACAGAUUCAUUCGACGCACCUGAAAACGUACGAUCGGCUGUGGAGUUGCUUUCCGUACCUUCGACCGAUGGCCACGUUUGUGAAGGAUUCGCUCGAAGAGUAUGGCAUCGAUCGGGACGGUGGUUCGCUGCACGAUGUAGCCGGGACGAGAUGCGACGACUACAUUUACAAGCUCAUCACCGGAGAGGAUCGUUACGGCAGCUGCCACAGCUACCUGACAGAAGCGGUGAGGGAGCAUGGAUUAGCGGAGGAGGACGUGCACGAUACGUGGAACAUAUUCAUGUGCACCGGAUUUACGAGAGACACGCAACAAUACUUCUGUAAACCAAGCCCAGCACGGAAGGGUGAUUUCAUUGAGUUUCUGGCUGAAAUGAAUCUCCUCGUAGCUCUCAGUGCCUGUCCACAGGGCGAUGUUUCCAUACAAGUGGGCCAGAAAGUACCGGAUGAAAAAUGUUUCCCUAUGAAGGUGGAAGUUUUCCGAGCAGUCUAA